AUGGAUCACCUGCUGCUGCUGGUGAUGCUACUGGUCUGUAGCUCAGGACUCCAGGCUGAAGGAGAACUCAACUCAACAGGACUCCAGGCUGAAGGAGAACUCAACUCAACAGAGCCUGGUGUUAGGCUGGUGGGAGGAGAGAGUCGCUGUGCAGGAGCUCUGGAGCUGGAACAUCAGGGAGAAUGGAGACCAGUGGAGGGCUACCCUCCCUGGACCCUGAAGGCAGCAGGAGUCGCCUGCAGAGAGCUCGACUGUGGCUCUGCUGUUUCUGUGGGACGGAGAGAGGAGUCCUCAAAGAGAGAUGUGUGGUGGAUCAGACCUAACUGUGCUGAGUCUGGAUCUGCUCUGAGGGAGUGUGCAGCAUCAAGUUACUCUGAACACAUCCUGAAUCUCACCUGCUCAGACUCUGUCAGGCUGCUGGGGGGGACUGCUCUGUGCUCAGGCAGACUGGAGGUGAACUCUGACCCGUCUGACCCGUCCUGGUCCUCAGUGUGUGAGGCUGACUUUGACCAGCAGGAUGCUCAGGUGGUCUGCCGGCAGCUGGGCUGUGGGGCUCCUUCAGUCCUCCAGGGGGCGCUCUAUGGAGAAGGGGAGGCUCCAAUGGGGACCAAAGAGUUCCAGUGUGGAGGCCAUGAGUCUGCUCUCCUGGACUGUAGCUCAGCCUCAGAGAGAAGCACCUGCUCACCUGGCACAGCUGUUAGCCUCACCUGCUCAGAGCCUGGUGGUGUUCAGCUGGUGGGAGGAGAGAGUCGCUGUGCAGGAGCUCUGGAGCUGGAACAUCAGGGAGAAUGGAGACCAGUGGACUUUCACUCUCUCUGGACCCUGAAGGCAGCAGGAGUCGUCUGCAGAGAGCUCGACUGUGGCUCUGCUGUUUCUGUGGGAGAGAGAGAGGAGUCCUCAGAGAGAGAUGUGUGGUGGAUCAGCUCUAACUGUGCUGAGUCUGGAUCUGCUCUGUGGGAGUGUGCAGCAUCACUUUCCUCUAACUUCUUCCUGAAUCUCACCUGCUCAGACUCUGUCAGGCUGCUGGGGGGGACUGCUCUGUGCUCAGGCAGACUGGAGGUGAACUCUGACCCGUCUGACCCGUCCUGGUCCUCAGUGUGUGAGGCUGACUUUGACCAGCAGGAUGCUCAGGUGGUCUGCCGGCAGCUGGGCUGUGGGGCUCCUUCAGUCCUCCAGGGGGCGCUCUAUGGAGAAGGGGAGGCUCCAAUGGGGACCAAAGAGUUCCAGUGUGGAGGCCAUGAGUCUGCUCUCCUGGACUGUAGCUCAGCCUCAGAGAGAAACACCUGCUCACCUGGCACAGCUGUUAGCCUCACCUGCUCAGAGCCUGGUGGUGUUCAGCUGGUGGGAGGAGAGAGUCGCUGUGCAGGAGCUCUGGAGCUGGAACAUCAGGGAGAAUGGAGACCAGUGGGGGCUAUCCCCUGGACCCUGAAGGCAGCAGGAGUCGCCUGCAGAGAGCUCGACUGUGGCUCUGCUGUUUCUGUGAGACGGAGAGAGGAGUCCUCAGAGAGAGAUGUGUGGAGGAUCAGAUCUCUCUGUGUUGAGUCUGGAUCUGCUCUGAGGGAGUGUGCAGCAUCAUAUUCCUCUAACUCCUUCCUGAAUCUCACCUGCUCAG